AUGUCUCAAUCCCGUCUUUUCAAGCCUCUCAAGAUAGGCGAUAUGGAAGUAAAACAUCGCAUCGGGAUGGCUCCUCUCACUCGCUUCCGAGCGACCGAAGACCGCGUACCGACACCCCUGAUGAAAGAAUACUAUAGCCAACGGGCAGCUGUUCCUGGCACCCUGAUCAUCACCGAGGGAACUUUCAUAUCAGCAACCUGUGGCGGCUUUCCUCACGCACCCGGCCUUUGGCGCGAAGACCAAAUCGCCGCCUGGAGGGCCAUAACCGACGAAAUCCAUAGCAAAGGAUGCUACAUAUUCUGUCAACUGUUCGCAAUGGGUCGUGCUGCAGAUGUUGAAGUAGCCCGAAAGGAGGGCGUCCCGAUCGUAGCACCUAGCGCCGUUCCGAUGGAAGAAGGCGCUGUAGUGCCCGACGCUAUGACAGUGGAUGAUAUCAAUCAAACUGUCUAUGAUUUUGUGGUCGCGUCGAAGAAUGCCAUCCGAGCAGGAUUUGACGGUGUCGAGAUCCAUGGUGCGAAUGGGUACCUCCUUGACCAAUUCCUUCAAGACGUCAGCAACAAACGUCAAGAUGAGUACGGUGGCAAUGUGGAGAACAGAUCUCGCAUUCUCAACGAUGUGAUCAAGUCUGUUGUCGAUGUCCUCGGUCCUCGGCAUGUCGGCCUUCGUCUAAGCCCCUGGUCUACGUUCCAGGGUAUGAGAAUGGAAAAUCCUAUCCCUCAAUUUACGAAUGUCAUCCAAAAGGCAAUCCAAUCAGAUAUCGCUUACCUUCACCUCGUCGAGUCGCGCAUCUCCGGCGCCACGGACUAUGAUGGCCACGACCGACUAGAUUUUGCAUACAAUCUCUGGAAAGGGCCGCUCCUUGUUGCUGGAGGAUAUACACCACAAGAGGCACAGAGGCUCGUGGAUGUAAACUAUCCGGACAAGGACAUCGUGGUCAUAUUUGGGCGUUAUUUUAUUUCCAAUCCGGAUCUUGUGUAUAGAAUGAGAGAGGGUCUGGAGCUCAGUGCGUAUGACAGGGAUACAUUUUAUGCCUUUAAAUCAGCGGUGGGAUAUUCGGAUUAUCCAUUCAGCGAAAUGUAUCUGGCAAGCAGGCUAGAGAAGUCUUAUUGA